AUGAAAGGAGCAAUGGCAGGCACGCGCUGUGUGGUUUUGGACGUGCGCAGCUGUGGGGAAGGCAAUGACCGUCAGUUGCUCCUGCUGUGGUUACGGGCAACCCGAGAGGCCAUCCCGUAUGAGGUGGAGCGAGCACCCUUGUCCGUGGUGUCUGUGCACGAUGGCUUCUACGUGUCGCGACUGCCCCUCGCCACCCACAGUGACAAGGAGAUCCUCCGCACUUUGGACGACUUGGAGCAGGAGUUCCUGCACAUGCCGCUGGGGCUCGCCAUGGACCAAGGUGGUUUGGUAUCCGAGUUUGCGGCGGCCGUUCCAAAGGGCCUUCCUAGGCUGGGAGCUGCAGCCAAGAAGCGUAGCAAGAAGGGUGACCAAAGCGACCGCCUCUUUGCGAUCGGCGAGGACGCCGGCCUGGCCGCGCUGCGCUCCUCACUUGCUGUCCUGGCAGAUGUGGAGGCCACGGCGAAGACAGCUACUCUCCAGUUCUGGACUGCAGAUGCAGCAAGGUUGCUCCCGGUGGCAUCGGACGUGCGACGCUGCAUCCCCAGCAACGUUUGCUUCGAGGUUGUGGUUGCUGCUGGUCAUUGGGAUGAGCAACAGACAGCCAAGGUCGACCUCUUGGAGCAUGAGCUCUCCUCCAAGCAGGCUGUCGACCUCGCCGUCCACCGCUUGCUUCUGACGGAGGCGGCGAUCGCCGCCAAGGUGCGGAAUGCCUUGAGGCGCGCGCUCCCAUUGCAGCUGGGCCUGGGCGGCGGCCUCUCAGCGCUUGCUUGGCCUACGAUCCUGUUGCCGCCGCAUUGGCAGCCCCAAGGCGGCUCAACACAUUUCGAGAUUCUGGCAGAGGUGCCGAUCAGCAAAAUCGGGUCGGAGCUGAUGGCCGGAGUGCCGCUGCUUCUCGAGGCGGGGGAUAGCCAAGAUGGAGAAGCCCUCAAGGCGCUGGUUGGCGCCCUCCGCCAGCGUCGGUCCGCUCUGCUGGCGUCGGCACCGCUGCAGCCUUUGACCCUCUCGCCUUUGAAGUACCGGCAUCUCUUCGUGCUGCAGCCUUCUGCAGGCCCGCUUCGCACUGAACCAGUCGGAGGCUCGCUGCUGCUCCGCGGGCUCGUCUCCUUUGCCUUUGCAGGUGUGUGA